CACCUGAGUGAAGACACUCCUUUCCCGGGACGCAGAUGAUUGAGGAGUGGAGGGGGGGAAAAAUGCUGUGAAUCUGCAUACAACUUCAAUAUUUUACAGACCUUUCAACAUUGAGUUUAGUUUUGUUUGGAAGGAUUUCAUGUUGUUUUUUGUGGUGUGGUUAUGUCACUUUUUUUUUUUAAGAAAUCACAACUUCACAGUAGGAUUUUAGGGGUUUUUUUGUGACCCACGUACCCAAUGAAGAUGUGGUCUAUGAAGGUCAUCAUCCUCCUGCUGUUCUGUUACGAUUGUCUCUCAGCCAACAACGGUAAAGUAAAAUUUAUCUCCAAGAACUUCAACAACAUACUACACUGGGACCCUGUGGAGCCUGCCUUCCCUGGGGAAAAUAUAACCUAUAGUGUGCAGUACCAGAGUGAUCGAGGGGAGCUGCCAUUCCAGAUAAAGGAGGGGUGUCAGAACAUUACCGCUCUGUCCUGUGACCUGACUGCAGAAACCCCAUCAGAUGGUGAUGUUAAUUACCAAGCAAAGGUGUUCGUUAAUGGUCGCUUUCACGGUCUUACCAACAGAUUUACGCCUAUGGCACAGACUAUUCUUGGUCCACCCAUCCUGUCUAUAUACACAACCGUGACAUCUUUGCAUGUUAAUGUCACCCUUCCCUUGGGGCCACGCAGAGUCUCCAUUGCAGAUAUCAUCAGCAGCAGAAAAAAUGGGCCCUCAAAAACUGUAGCUGUUUAUACCUUAAAAAUCACACACCCAAAGUGGGCUGCACUGGUCAAUGAAUCCACAACUGGCCGAUUCGUCAUCAACUUGAAGAACAACCACACAGAGUACUGCGGCCACGUGGUUUACAAGCCUGGUUCUUACUGGGGCCGCACAGAGAGUGAGAAUGCCUCCUUCUGUGUCACACUGCCAGGUGAUCCUCUGAUGCUUUUGCCAUGGCUUGUCACAAGUGCUGCUCUCUCUGCGGCCAUAAUCAUAAUUUCAGUCGUGUGUAUCUGCAACUAUGUGAUGGGUGGAAAGGAAAAGGGCAUGCCACUGCAAUUGGUCACCACUUUCAGCACCCCACCCAGAGUGCUGCAGUCUCCAGAUAGUAAUCUCAUCACUUCCAAAGCGGUGAUCUGCCCUCAAAGUGACAAAACAGUUUACGCAACGAUCCAGGUUAAGCCAGAUGUGCCCUCAGUUGGGGUUGGAGGUUAUUUUCCACAGGACAUCCCCUGCCAAGCCUGGCAAGGCAGCACUGGCUCCUCUGUGGGCACAGGUGCACACCGUCUGACCCCAAAUCCCGGGGACACAAGCUCUCAGUCCUCGGAAAUCUACAGUGUGGUGGCUGUCCAUGUCCCCGCUGAAGAGAAAGAUUUUCAGCAGGCUACCCUUAAAGACAGAGAAACCAAACUAUUGUCUUCCACUGGAGAAAGCUGGGAUAAAGGUGGAAUUAGUUCAAAGCUGUCCCCACAUGUGGCACCACCAUUACAUGAUUCAGACCCUUGUGACAGCGAUCUAUCCAGGCCACUGCUGUUGCACACAGUGCACGAUUCCAAUGGACAACUCUUGCUCCCUUCACUCAUUUUUCAGUUACAGAGCCACACAGGCGACAUACAGAGGAGACCCCUUUUAUCUGACCUCAUAGACUCCAAGAGGGAGGGGCCAUCAUUAGCAUCCGUGCAGAGCGUUGACGGCUCAGAGUGGUCAGACUCUGGGUGCGAUGAUAGCACUCUAAACACACCAACCCAGCCGUACUGCAAUAUUCACUAUUCCCCAACUCAGCGAGUUGUUACUGAUUUCAACCAGGGAUGUCAGGACACACCAUGCAAUGAUGCCAUAUCUGAGUCAGGUUACCAACAAAACUGGAUGCCUGCAAUGCUUCUCGACACUGCAUGCAAAGACUUGUUAUUGAAUACCGAAUGAGAAACUAUCCCUGGACCUGGACUGGUCCCAAAAAGGAGGAGGAACGAGAGUUAGAGGAAGACAGCGGAGGAGAGGAGAGAUGAAGGAAAAUUCUUCUGGGAGUUUGGGUGGUCCAAAUUCAAGAAGAAUUGUACUGUGCGUAAUCUCUAAGACCUAUCACUUGCUUUUCUCAAUUGAGUCUUCAAAUAACGUUAAAGGCAUUUCAUCGCAGUACCCUUUUUAACAAAAGAGGGAGGAGAAAGUUGAUGGGAGCACCGACAGGCGCCUAUGCAGAACUCAUGAUGAUGAAUGGCUUUGAUGUCUGCUGUGUGGCUAAUGAUGCAGAGACGUUUAAGUUUAAGUUUAAACUCUCCUUAAACAUCCAACUUCAUCCUGAACUAAGACAUAUUUAAGAACCACAUUUCACUUCAAGAUAUGAUACACUACACUUCGCCAUUUAUCUGGUUGUAUUUAUUAAUCCACAAGGGUAAAAACUGGAAUGGAUAUUCUGAAACUGUGAGUUUACAUUUGAAGAAAUCAUUGUACUGUACAUACACUGUCCUCAUUUGCAUCGUCAAGCAAACAUUUUCAAAUACAGAAUUUGCUUUUUCAUAAUACGUAAGUAUAUCUCAGUAUAUUUCACAACAACAAUUGUAUUUUUAUAUUGUUAUGGUAGUCUAAAGCUAAAAGCGUUCAGUCACCUAAAAUCUGAUUUGUUUGCGUAAUGAAAAAAACAUGAUCACACCAGUCUGAGUCUCAUGGGGUCUGAAAUGCAGUUUAAAUUACUUUCUUCACAUUUAACUCAGUCUGACAACUCCAAAAGACUUUUUAAGUGUUUUCGCUUUGAACCAUGCUGCACACCUGCAGCUGGACAAGCAGAGUGGCUUCAUGCUUUGUCCAUUAAAAAAAAGUAGAAUAAACAACAACCAAAAGCCUUAGUCACACAUAGCCAGCCAGUGCCUUUGUGUGUCAUCACUAUGGCAACACAUUAUUGCAACUUAUUACACACUCUGAAUACACAAACCCAAUCUGGUCACUUUUAAAUACCAAUGUGGACAGUCAGCUUUAAACAUUAGAUAUGAAAACCUUUUGGCUGAACAAAACAGACCAACGCUUAUUAUCAUGUAAUGAGCUGUUUGAAAUGGGACUAAGAUGACUGAAUUUCUACUAGAAGUGAAUAUAGUCCUGUUUUUGCACAAAGUCUUUCAUUGUCAGUAUUGUAUGAAGUACAUGACAAGAUGAUUGCAUCUGUACAUAGAAAGAAAUGUGAGGUUGUAUAUUUAACUGACUCACUAAGUUCAUGAACUCAUUUUGUUCUCGUCAUUGUUUGCCGUUCUUUCAGGGGAAGAAACACAGUGUAUAAAAACAUAUUAGAAGGUGGGGUCAUGGUGCAAACAAAGCCACACUGAUAACCGCUGGGUUUUUAACAGCCUGAGCACAGUCUUUUAUACACAGUUGUGAAGUAAUAACGUCAGGUGUGUUGAAACAGUGCAACGUGAGUCAUAUGAGUCAUAUGUGGACACGCUGUACAGCACAAUACAGAUGUAUUACACAUCAGUCCAUCAUUGUUGUUGGCAAGCAUAUCUGCUCAAUGAAUGUAAAUAAAUGAAUGUUAUAUAAAGUUGCAACUUCGUUUUAAUUUGCUUUUACAAAUAGUGAAUUUCUGUUCUGAAUGUUUAUUUUGGAAGGUUCACAUUGGAGAGGUUGAAUUGCAUUCCGAGAUAUUAAAGAUAUUAAACACUGCAAAAAUGACAUAACAUUGUAUUUUACCGUAAAACAUUGUUACUUUUGGGUUAUAUCAGUGAAAUUCUGAAAAAUGAAUAUUAAAGAACCUUUUUUUCAAAACUGAUGUUCUGAAACUACAGCAAUUAAAAUAAUCAAGACCA